UGUAUGUCCAGUGCGUGCUGGGAUUAGGUGUGGACAGUGGCUGAGCACGGUUCGGUUAGCUUAACACUAUGUUUCUCCAGAUUUAGUCUGGCUUGCUUAUCGCCAUGUUUAGGUGUGAGUAAGAGAGUGAGGGAGAAAGAGAGAGAGAGAGAGAGAGAGAUGGAGAGAGUGGGAGGGAUGGUAUAGCGCCAUGCACACGCAAACCGAAGGCUUUUUUAUCUGAUGUGGGUCGACUCUCGUUGGGGGAACACCGGUGUGGAUGGUAGUAUUGCCCUCAGGACGUUUCCCCUUUAAGGAUGAGCAGAGGUUGGUGUGUGUGUGGGUGGGUGAGUGUGUGUGUGUUUGUGUGUGUGUGUGUGUGUAAGUAACCUUGCGGUGUAAUCUCGCGCCUCUCCGGAUCUGGACUCGUCUCCUAUGGCCGUGGAUAAGAUGAUGUCUCCGCCGUGGAGGAGUCUGAAGAAUAUGAAGUGCUUUUCUCCGGUGAUGUGCCAGUGCAAACUAAUAUGCAGCAACAGGACCCUCUCGCUAAUGUUCGGCUGCAAGAAAUACAGGUAUCAGGAUGAGGAGACUCCGCCCCUGGAGCAUAGCCCCGCCCACCUGGCCCACAGCAAAAGUGCUGAGAUGCUGCAUAUGAGUGACAAAAACUUGGCUGCCAUGGACACCAUGCACAGCUACGCUCCACACACACACAUCUCUCCUGUGAAGGCUAAUUCUCCGCCAGUAGUAGUAAAUACAGACACUCUGGAUGGAUCACCUUAUGUCAACGGGACGGAGGGGGAGAUCGAGUAUGAAGAGAUCACGUUGGAAAGGGGGAACUCCGGUCUGGGUUUCAGUAUAGCAGGAGGAACAGAUAAUCCUCAUGUAGGAGACGAUCCCAGCAUCUUCAUCACCAAAAUCAUCCCCGGAGGAGCAGCCGCUCAGGACGGCAGACUGAGGGUAAACGACAGUAUUCUGUUUGUGAACGACGUGGACGUACGGGAGGUGACCCACUCUCAGGCUGUGGAGGCGCUGAAAGAGGCCGGGGCCAUCGUCCGUCUGUACGUCCUCCGCAGGAAACCCAUCGCCGAGAAAGUCACCGAAAUCAAACUAGUUAAAGGCCCGAAAGGGUUGGGCUUCAGUAUAGCUGGUGGGGUGGGUAAUCAGCACAUUCCAGGCGAUAACAGCAUCUACGUCACCAAAAUCAUCGAAGGAGGAGCGGCGCAUAAAGACGGACGGCUACAGAUUGGCGACAAGAUACUGGCAGUGAAUAACGUGUGUUUGGAGGACGUUAUGCACGAGGACGCAGUCGGAGCGCUGAAGAACACGGCGGAGGUCGUCUACCUCAGAGUGGCUAAACCGAACAACCUUUACCUUACCAACAACUACAACCCUCCAGACCUCACCAGCACGUAUUCUCCUCACAUGGACACUGACCUCGGCCACAACUAUCUGGGCUCAGAUUACCCACAAGCCCUCACUCCCACCUCCCCCAGCCGCUUCUCUCCAGUGUUGCAUAGCAUGCUGGGAGAUGACGACCUGCCCAGAGACCCCAGGCGUGUAGUGAUCCAUAGGGGUUCUACAGGUUUGGGCUUUAAUAUAGUGGGAGGUGAGGAUGGAGAAGGAAUCUUUAUCUCCUUCAUUUUAGCCGGAGGACCAGCAGACCUGAGCGGAGAACUGAGGAAAGGAGACCAAAUACUGAGUGUAAACGGUGUUGACCUGAGAGCCGCUACACAUGAACAAGCUGCGGCCGCGCUAAAGAACGCCGGACAGACUGUCACCAUUAUAGCUCAGUACAGACCAGAGGAGUACAGUCGGUUUGAGGCUAAAAUCCAUGAUUUGAGAGAGCAGUUGAUGAACAGUAGUUUGGGCUCUGGAACAACAACGCUGAGGAGUAACCCCAAACGAGGGUUUUACAUCAGGGCUCUGUUUGAUUAUGAUAAGACGGCUGAUGGUGGAUUUCUGAGCCAGGCAGUCAGUUUCCGUUUCGGUGAUGUUCUCCAUGUUCUGGACUGCAGUGAUGAUGAGUGGUGGCAGGCCCGACGGGUCAGCGCAGGGGGUGAGGCUGAGGAGCUCGGCUUUAUACCCAGCAAGAGGAGGGUGGAGAGGAAAGAGUGGUCCCGCUUAAAGACGAAAGACAGGGAUCGCAGUCGAGACAGUUUAGGAUCACAAGGUAGAGAAGAAUCAGCGCGCAGUUAUGAGACGGUGACACAGGUGGAAGUACACUAUGCGAGACCCAUCAUUAUCCUCGGGCCGGUGAAGGACCGGGUGAAUGAUGACCUGCUGUCAGAGUUUCCAGACAAGUUCGGCUCCUGCGUUCCUCAUACGACGCGGCCGAAGCGCGAGUACGAGGUGGAUGGACGGGAUUACCACUUCGUAUCAUCACGGGAACAGAUGGAGAAGGACAUCCAAAGCCAUCGGUUUAUAGAGGCUGGACAAUAUAACAGCCACCUGUACGGGACGAGUGUACAGAGUGUACGAGAGGUGGCCGAACAGCAGGGGAAACACUGUAUUCUGGACGUUUCUGCGAAUGCUAUCCGCAGACUGCAGGCCGCACAGCUUCACCCAAUAGCCAUCUUCGUCCGGCCAAAGUCUCUGGAGAAUGUCUUGGAGAUUAAUACGCGUCUGACGGAGGAGCAGGCGAGGAAAGGGCUGGACCGAGCCGUCAAACUGGAGCAGGACUUCCUCGAGUGUUUCACAGCCGUGGUGGAGGGGGACAGUUUUGAGGAGGUUUACCACAAAGUGAAGUCUGUGAUAGAGGAGCAGUCGGGGCCGUACAUCUGGAUCCCCACCAGGGAGCGCCUGUGAGCACGGAGACGACAAAACAGAGAGAGGGAACACCGCUCAGCCUAACACACUCACAGAGAGAGAGAGAGAGAGAGAGAGAGAGAGAGAGAGAGAGAGAAGACGACAGAACAGAAGAAGGAGAGAGAGAAAGGAAUACUGUGUGUGGAACAGCACAGGAAAACUCCACACAUCCCUCUGUCUUUUUCUUUUUCUUCUUUUCUUCUCUUCUAAUCUUUUCUCGCCUCCUCCUCUCUCCUCCCUCUCUUUCUCUCUCUCUCCCUCUCUCUCUCUCUCUCUCUCUCUCUCUCUCUCUCUGCCUGCAUCGCUAGAUCUCUUGCACAGGGCUGUCGACCUGUUUUUACUCAAUAAAUCCCUCUUUAUCGCCAUUAAAGGAGGGAAUGAAAAAGAAAGAAGAGGAAAACUACCAUCUCCGAACAAUGGAGCGACGGAAUGAUGGAACGACAGAACGAAAUGAUGAAAUCCUUCCUUUUUUUACUCUGUUGGACUCCUUCCUUCUCCGUUCUGUCCCAGUGUUACCCUUUCUCUCUCUGUCCAUGUGAAGAAGAAAGGAGGGAUGGGGGAGAGAGGGAGAGAGAGAGAGAGAGGGAGAGAGAGAGAGAGAGAGAGAGACAGCCAUGACUAUUAAGCGAACGAGACAAAGGAUAAGAGAAGUUUCGGAUGGAGGGAAUGUCGAAACAGAAAAAAAACCCAAACAAACGAAAGUAUAUUUAUUAAUAACAGUAAUAUUAUAAUGAGGAAAUCUACGUACUGUGACUUUUCCGAGACAAUUUUGAGUUAUUUUAGACAUCUGAUGUGCAGAAGGGAAUGACGGAGGGAGGAGUGGAAGAAGGGAACAGGUCUGUCUGCUGGAGGAGGAAGAGAAGAAGGAAAGAAAGGAGGAAAGGACGAGUGAAAGAGAAAGACUGCAGACUUUUAUCAGUUUGUCUUUGUCUUGCUGCACAGAAUUCAAAGCCACACGUGAUACUAUGGGCUAAACUAUGUUUUCCUUCAUGAACACACACACACACACACACACACACACACACACAUACACACAUACACAACCCCUCCUUAGAAACACACACACGGAGCACAGCAGCCUUUAAAGUGCAAUAUAUAUAUAAAAGUGUAGGUAUGGUGCGCUACACUACAGGCUAGACGUAUGGAAGCAAGCAAUAAAGCUUUCAAGGGGAAUUCCACUAAACUUUCCAAAUUUCCUCAUAAUUCAGAGUUUGCGACAUAAACAAAGUCCUUCUCUCUGUUUUGAUGUGAAACGCUCCGUUCUAGAGAAACUUUCCCACUCAGACGUCUUUACAGUGGUGGUGAUGGGAACCAGAUGUCACCAUGACUACAGCACAGAUACAGACAUUUUAUUUACCAUCC